GCCCUCAUCGUGAUCCAUAGCACGCAGGAGAACCAGCUUGCUUGGUUGCUAAACGUGAGUUAGCAGACAGGGAGAAAUUCUUCUGAACAAGCGCCUCUGCAGAUAGCAAGUAAAACCAAUAUCACAGCUCAUCAUGGCAGAAAACCAAGAGAUGUCUGAACUUGAGGCAAAGGUGGCACGACAAAUUGAGUACUAUUUUGGUGAUCAUAACCUUCCAAGAGACAAAUUUCUCAAAGAACAGUUGCAACUCGAUGAUGGAUGGGUAACCCUGGAAACCAUGCUUAAGUUUAACAGACUGAAAUGCUUGACAACCGACCAAAAUGUAAUUGUUGAGUCUCUAAAGAAAUCCAAAACUGGGCUUUUAGAAGUCAGUGAGGACAAGACAAAAGUCAGAAGAAUUCCAUGCAAGCCCUUACCAGAACUGAAUGACGAGUACAAAGAUGCCCUCAAACACAAAUCUGUGUACAUUAAAGGUUUUCCAUUGGAAACAACACUUGAUGAAAUUGAGGCUUGGCUUAAAGGGAAAGGUCCAAUAGAAAACAUUCAGAUGAGAAGAAACCUGCAGAAGAAUUUCAAGGGUUCAGUGUUCUUGGUUCUUGACAAUGAAGAAGCAGCAAAGCAGUUCAUUGAACGUCCUGACACCAAAUCAUUUAAAGAAAAUGAAAUGAUUGUACUGUUAAGAGAGGACUACCAUGCAAAGAAAGCAGAGGAAAGGAAACAGUUCAAAGCGGAGGCAAAAGCUAAAGCAAAACACGACAAGGAAGAAAAACAAAAACAAGCGGAAGAUGAGGAAAUGAAAUCUCUGGAUGAGCAAACUGGAUGCUUACUGAAGUUUUCCGGCAAUCUUGACAAUGUGUCAAGAGAGGACUUUCACGAAGUGUUCUCUGGUCAUGGUCAAAUCAAAUGGAUUGAUUUCACCAGGGGUGCCAAAGAGGGUACCAUCCUCUUCAGAGUGAGUGCCAAGGAAGCUCUUGAUAAGGCUAAAGAAGCAAAUGGAGGCAACUUAAAAAUUAAAGACAAAGACAUUACAUGGGAGGUGGUGGAGGGAGAUGCGGAGAGAGAAACUCUGAAAAAGAUCAUUGAAGACCAACAGGAAUCCUUUAAUAAACGUAGAGGAAGCAGAGGUGGUCGAAAAUCUGGUGGAAGAGGGAGAGGAGGAAGAAGGGACAGAGGUGGGCGUGAUGGCAAAUCACAUUACCAAGGGAAAAAGAUCAAAUUUGAUGAUAGUGGUGAUGAAGGUGAAGCACCCCCUUGCCCAAAGAAGCGAGCAUUGGAAGAAGCGGGCGAAGGUGGCGACAAACCAGCAAAAGUUCUAAAAACUGAGAAUGGCUCCUAAAAAUGAAGUACUAGCAAAUUACCUUGAAACAUUUUAUUUGAAAAGAAACUCAUUUAACACACACUGGCUUUAUUCCAUUCCAAUGGAGGCGUCAUGUUCUGGAGAAGCGUAGGAAGUCCACCUUGAUGUCAACCUAGAAAACAGCUUAGACGUCAGGACUGGAGUUGCUGUUCAGCCGUUAGGAGUAAAGUUGUGUGCAUCCUACAUUGUCUGUACCUAUCAAUUUCUACCGUGAACAUGAUUUUUAUGGAACUGUUUGACUGCGCCUGAACAACUUAAUUUCAUCAGGCGCAUAUUAUGCCUGUCCGUUUAAAGACAUGCAUGUCAAUAGAAACUGGUCAGUGAAAUUUUUUCCUUGUGUGUGUAUGGAUGAGUCCUAAAACAGAUCAUGUAUUUUCUUUUUGUUACUAUUGUGAAUAGCCAAUAAAAUUUGAUUUUAAGUUGGA